AUGUUUGUAAUGGUGAAGAGGAAGGAAUUCAAGGAGGAGAUAAAAAAAGCAAAUUAAUAAAUUAAUUUAGUUGAAAGGAAAGCGAUUAUUUAAGAUUAUUUUAUGCAGGUAGAUCCAAUAUUAAAGAAGUGUUAAAUGAAUACUGUUAUUUAUAAAAAGAAACAUCGUGAACAUAUACUUUGGAGAUAUAACAGGAUUUAUGAUAAAAUAAAUACACAAUCAAAUCAUUUUUAAGUAAGGAAUCUGUUACCUUUUGGGCCGAGAUAAGUAAUUCAGACCAAUCAUCCUGAAUUCCCAUUUAUUGAUCAAAAUAGGUAUAUUACAUUUCUACUACUUGCUUAGCAUGACAAGGAAUUAUUCUAUUAAGCUUUGUCAUUUCUUUUGGGAAUAGUACAGAAGUGGAAACUUGGGCAUUUCUAUUAGAGAUUAAUAAUCUCGGAGGUUAAGGUGUGCCAUAGAAAUCUCAGAAGUAUUGAUAGACAGUUUGAUUACUAUCUAGGGUAUCUUAAGAGAAUGUUUAUUUUGAAUCCUUCAAGUGGAAUUAAAUUCUUAUUCUAAUAAAUCAAGACUUUUUUGAACCCACAGACAAUUAAUAAGAUUAGUUCCCUCUCAUAAAGAAAUUAAAUAAUUAUAAGAAUUCAUUGA